UCGCCUCAAGGCGUGGUUGAUCGCACGCCAUCGCCUAUAUAAAGGUGUCCUGGCUGCGCGUCGGAAUCGAGGAUCAAUCGACAGGUCGUCGAUAAGAAGACGCCAUGAAGUUCGCGUUCCUUUUCCUUGUUCACUGUUUGAUCGCCACCGGCUUCGCCAAGCCGGCAGUGUUCCUCGGCUACCAGGACAGUCUGGGUCAGUACAGUUUCGGCUAUAGCGCGCCAGGAUCAGCCAGAUCGGAGGUCAGGACAUCCAAUGGAGCGACCAGAGGCACUUACAGCUACGUCGACGAAAGCGGCGUGAUCCAGACCGCUCAAUACGUCGCCGAUGGUGAAAAUGGGUUCCGGGUGUUUGCCACGAAUCUCCCGCAGGCGCCGCUUCCGGUCCAGGACACGCCGGAAGUGAUGGCCGCGCGCACGGCGCAUCUCCAGGCCCUGGAGUUGGCUGCGCGAAGGGACGAGGAGGCUCAAAGUCAUGAAACGCAUCCGGAGGUCUACGAAAGGAAGCUCGAAAGUAAUCAAGGUGACGCAAAUGUCGGCAAAACGCAAGAACCAUUGGUGGAAGCCAAGCUCGUGGAACUUCCGUUAAAGGUGGAGAAUAAGAACGCGGAGAAGGUCGAGAAUAACGAGAAGGACAACGACGAGACUCUGCAAGCGGUUGCUUCCAGAAGCGGUGUUGACAAGAGCGAGAAGAACCCGCAGAACAUUCGUCAGGAAUCCUCCGGAAGAGUGACGCAGGAAAUUAUCGGCGGCGCAAACAUCCCGACGAUUCCAUUAAUUUUCUCUCGUCUGCUGCCUCAAACACCGGGUGGAAACGCGAUGCCUAUAUUCCGCAUCUCCCAUGGAAUCCAUGAGCUCGAACCUUCCGCCAUACCGGAGUCGUCGAUCCUUCAAGGCACGAUCACUCCGGCGGCGACGAUCUUGAAGACCGCAGAAAUUUCUAACGAUGAAACAGUUACGCUGAAGAAGAAACAACAACAACAACAACAACAACAACAGCAGCAGCAGCAGCAGCAGCAGCAGCAACAGCAACAGCAACAACAGCAAAAUCAGCAAAAUCAGCAAAAUCAGCAGCAGCAGCAGGAGCAGCAACAGACACUGCAACAGACGCGAGAAGCGAACGAACAAGUUGUCGCUCUCAAUGCAAUUGCACCACUGAAUGUAAUUCCGCUGAGUUCGCCGCAUUCCAACUUCAUCAGAUACACGUCGCCGCUGUCCCUUCAUUACGUCGUUUACAACGUUCUGUGAAAUACGACAGAAUAUACACGUACAUAUAUCCUUUAGGAAGAGAUGCGACCAUUUUUACGCAAGCGAAAAAUCUAGAAUAAAAUCUCAGAUGAAAUAAGCAGAUCGAAUCGGGGCCGUUUUUCUCGAGUUUGUUUUUCUUUUUAUGUGUCAAGAUAUUUUUAUUCUUCUUUACAAAAUAAUGCUGGGAUGUUGUCGGACAAUACACAACGGAGUAUGAUAUAUACGCGAUAUAUAAUAAUCAGAACUAAGGAUAAGGAUAAUUAAAAUCAGCAUCAAUCAUCGCCAUCGUCGCCAAUCAAUCUUCACCUGUCACACUAGUGGAAAUAUACUUAUAGUACUUUUCGGCGCAUAAAGUAAUACUAAUUGUAAGUUACAUAUAAAUGAGAUAAACUAAACAGUAAAAUCCUUAAAAAAAGGAAAAAUCGCAGCUUCUUAUAUACAGUUGCGAGAUAAUGAGAACCUAUCAGGGAGAAUUGACAGUUUUAAUACAAGACUCGAUGAUAAAAUCAUCUUAAAUACGUAACUCUAGAUUGUGCAUACACGAUAUGUGUCAGUUUGACCAAAUCAUACUCCUAACAUCUCAAUUACAUUCAGAAAAACUUCGAACAAGACGAUUUUACACAACAUCGGAAAAUACGUUAAAAUUUUUCACUUAAAAGAGUUUACCUCGAAUUCUCUGAAUCACUUUGAUUGAAAUUGAUCUGGAUUUAAAGUAGAGGCUUUUUCUGGCGAUUCUCGAAGGAUCACUGCCUUUUUUUACUCGAAAACGCAAUGCAACUGGCUCGCUAGAUAUCAGACUACGCAUUAAUCAGGUAAGUUUCUGCUUUUUUUACUGGCCCGAUUUAGUUCGAUAUUUGCAUCGAGCAGAACUCUCGAUCGUAGUCAUCAUACCAUAAGCAGCGACUGUCAUGGACGAUUUAAGCUCGAAGUGGAUCGUGUAAUAAUAAUUCAUCAACGCGGCAGGACGAAUCUCGAGGAUUUCCGCACACACUCGUCCAAAAUUAAUUACAGCUGAUCG